GACCCCCUUCCACCGAGCCCUCCCCCCCCCUUUGCGGCCCCCCCCGGAACGAGCAGAGGUCAGCUUCCCGGAUGUGGAGCGGGCGGAAUGGCUGAACAAGGUCCUGGCCCAGGCCUGGCCCUUUUUCGGGCAGUACAUGGAGAAGCUGCUGGUGGAGAACGUGGCCCCCUCCAUCCGCGCCUCCAACACCCACCUGCAGACCUUCACCUUCACCAAGGUGGACAUGGGGGAGAAGCCCCUCCGGGUCCUGGGGGUCCGGGCUCACCCCGGCACCCACAAGAAGCAGAUCCUGCUGGACCUCAACAUCAGUUACGUGGGUGACGUCCAGAUCGACGUGGAGGUGAAGAAGUUCUUCUGCAAGGCAGGGGUGAAGGGGAUGCAGCUCCACGGGAUGCUGCGGAUCAUCCUGGAGCCCCUCCUGGGGGACGUGCCCAUCGUGGGGGCCCUCACCAUGUUCUUCAUCCGGCGCCCGACCUUGGACAUCAACUGGACGGGGAUGACCAACCUGCUGGACAUCCCAGGGCUCAGCUCCAUGUCGGACACGAUGAUCAUGGACACCAUCUCCUCCUACCUGGUGCUGCCCAACCGCCUCCUGGUGCCGCUGGUGCCCGACCUGCCCGAGGCUGCCCAGCUCCGCUGCCCCCUGCCCCGGGGGGUGGUGCGGGUGCACCUCCAGGGCGCGCGGGACCUGCGCUGCAAGGACCGGUUCAUGGGGGGGCUGGUGGAGGGCAAGUCGGACCCCUACGCCCUGCUGCGCGUGGGCACCCAGCUCUUCACCAGCCGCGUCAUCGACGACGACCUCAACCCCACCUGGGACGAGGUCUACGAG